AGAAGAAGCGCUGGAGACGAGAGUCUACUAUAAACAAAGCUUCUUUCUCAGCAUCCGACGGACCGACACGCUUACCGCAGCCAUAUCCUGUACCAAGUUACCGGGUGUUGAUUCCCAUUAGGAUAACCUUAUAUAAAUCAUGGUACAACAACAAACGCUGAAACACCUUUACCAGACCAUUUACAGCCAAGCUGUAUCGGCAGAAUGCGGCCUUCUUUCAAUCGGAAACAGCGACGGGAAAUUGUACAUUUUUGACCUUAAAAGUGGGAGUGCCAGUCGUGAAUCAGCAGUUGGUGAUCACCUAAGGUCACCAUCACAUGUUUUGAAUGCUCACACAGACUCUAUUUACUCUAUGAUGAGUGCAGAUGCGUUUUGUGUAACUGGAACAAAUGGUACAAUUACGGGCCGCAGAUGGAAUGACCUAAGACAACAACAGUCCAGCGUUGCUUGGACAAUAUCUCUGGAUUGUGAUCAGGCCAAUUUUGGGACGCCAGAGGUAAAUGCCUUGGCUUAUGAUAAUGAACGCAGAAUAAUUUAUGCAGCUUGUGGGGAUUGGAGAACACAUGUUUAUGACCUAGAGACAGGGAAGAGGAUUCAAACUCUUGAUGGACAUGAUGACUAUGUUCAUGAUGUUGCUUUAGGUCAAAGUGGGAAAAUGAUAGCAAGCAGUGCAGAAGAUGGAGGAGUAUUCAUCUGGGAUUCUCGCUCUGGGCGUGAGCCACGUCACAAAAUUUUUCCCCAUUCUCAUGAACAGCUUGCAAGGCUCCCACAUUUGGAAGGUUUAUCACAUCAUAGGAUGUUGCCAAUGAUUGUGACAUAUUAA